CAGCUGAGUGUUCGUUGUGAGUUGUUGUUACCACAACUAUGGCACGUACCAAGCAAACGGCUCGCAAGUCCACUGGUGGCAAGGCGCCCCGCAAGCAGCUUGCUACAAAGGCAGCUCGCAAGUCUGCUCCAGCCACUGGAGGUGUCAAGAAACCCCACCGUUACAGGCCUGGAACCGUUGUUCUCCGUGAGAUCCGCCGUUAUCAGAAGAGCACUGAGCUGCUUAUCAGGAAACUGCCUUUCCAGCGCCUGGUGCGUGAAAUUGCUCAGGAUUUCAAGACUGACCUCCGCUUCCAGUCCUCUGCUGUCAUGGCUCUCCAGGAAGCUUCCGAGGCUUACCUCGUGGGUCUGUUUGAGGAUACCAACCUGUGCGCCAUCCAUGCCAAGCGCGUGACUAUCAUGCCAAAGGACAUCCAACUGGCUCGUCGCAUCCGUGGCGAGCGUGCCUAAGAAGUCAUCCACGAAUGAUCUUCAUAACAGCAAUAUCUAGGCCCUUUU